UCAAUGAUUUUCAUGAAUGUUCUCCAAUAAUUCUACGAAAUAACCUAGAAUAACAGAUGAAUCUUCUUCCAUCAACCAGUAAAUUCUCGCCCCAUGCACGCAGAAUAAAAGAGCAAUGUCUUGCUGCAGUUCAGCUAGAAACACAUCUUCUGUCUCAACUGACCACCCUCACCAAGGAGUAUCAAUGUCUAAUGGUCCAUGAUCAUGAACUGAAAAUAGUCGUUAGGGAGAACAAACAAAACCUGAACAUGAAGCAAAAAGUUACCGCUCUCAAUCCAACGAUAUCCACCACAUGGCCAUCUCCCUGAACGACCUACAAGAAGAGAACCACACCCAAGCAGAUGAGAUGCGUCAUCUCCACCAGGCACUGGAGGCAUCUCAUCAGAGCCAAGCUGAACUACAACAGCAACUCCAGCAAUGUGCUCAAAGAUUGGAGACUGAGAACCUCAAAUGGAGACAACAGAGAGAGCAACUGACGGAACACUUGAAUGAGGUACAUGCCAAUAGUAGGGUGUCAGGGGCAAGUGGUCAAGAGCAUCGAGUUCAUUACAUUCCUUCUUUUUCACCCUUCCUUCCAACCCCCCCUCGACAGUUACCGCUCUCAGCUCGAUUCCAAGCUCAUCUCUCAAUCCAACGACAUCCACCCCAUGGCCAUCUCCCUGAACGACCUACAAGAAGAGAACCACACCCAAGCAGAUGAGAUGCGUCAUCUCCACCAGGCACUGGAGGCGUCGCAUCAGAGCCAAGCUGAACUACAACAGCAACUCCAGCAAUCUGCUCAGAGACUGGAGACUGAGAAUCUCAAAUGGAGACAACAGAGACAGCAACUGACGGAACACUUAAAUGAGACCAAGGCCUGUCUGGAGAAAUCCCAGCUUCAUCUGAAGACCUUGUCUCACACCAACCAAUCCCUGUCCUCCACCACCAAACAGCUUCAGACCAGCUACAAGGACCUGAGCUCCCAACUGGAGAAGGAGAAACUUGCCAAAGAGAUGACCUGCCGAGACAUGGAGAGACUCAGGGAAGAACUGGAGUCUGAGAAGAAGACUAGGAUGGCAACAUCAGAACGAGUCACAGCAUAUGGAAGAUACCAAUAACGAAGUGGCUGCUGGUCUCCAAGAUGAACCAGGUUUCCUCAUCCAAAAUGAAGUGGCUGCUGGUCUCCAAGAUGAACCAGGUUUCCUCAUCCAAAAUGAAGUGGCUGCUGGUCUCCAAGAUGAACCAGGUUUCCUCAUCCAAAAUGAAGUGGCUGCUGGUCUCCAAGAUGAACCAGGUUUCCUCAUCCAAAAUGAAGUGGCUGCUGCUCUCCAAGAUGAACCAGGUUUCCUCAUCCAAAAUGAAGUGGCUGCUGGUCUCCAAGAUGAACCAGGUUUCCUCAUCCAAAAUGAAGUGGCUGCUGGUCUCCAAGAUGAACCAGGUUUCCUCAUCCAAAAUGGUUUAUAUAUCUUGAAAGCUUCACCAAACCAACUAGUGGCCAACACAGCGUGACUCAACAGCAUGUUCAGUUUCCAGAGUUUAACUCAUCACAGAGUCCACUGCAUCAACAAAGUCAGCAGUUCCAAAGCCAGGCGCCAUGUUGUCCUCAGCAAAGCGACUGGACAUAUCUGAACACCGAGGGUGUUGCACCCGAUACUGGACAUGAGUGCGGCUCCUACCAGCAAAACAGACGGUGUUGAAGUUAUCUGGAACCUCAGAGGAUUUCUCAAUGUACUUAGCCACAAUCAUGGGUACACAUUUUGUUACAAAGAUACCAAAAGACACAAAAUGAACAACAUAUAAAUAUUGAGUAACUCUUUGCAGAUUUAGUUUUUCGACAAACUUUUUUUAUUGAUGACACAGAAAUUUUAAUCUGGACACGUUAAUCCGGAGGACAUUGGUUCGUAUCCCACUCUAGUCAAUUCUU